AAAACGAAUUUAAUAAUGAUAUAUAAUUAUUUUCCUGAAUUUAAUUAAUUAAAUUAAAUUUAAUUAAUUAGUUUCAAAUUUUCUAUUAAUAAUUGCGAUAAUAUAUAAAAAAUAUCAUUGAAAAAUCAGAAGUUUGCUUGCUUCUGUCUCCUGUUGAAUAAUGGUCUCAUCGACAACUGACAACUGACUACUGACUACUGACCACAGAAUGUAUUUAACGACCUACAUAUAUGCAUAAUUGUAAUUCAGUAUAACACAUGUCUCGAGCCACGAAUGCUCAUGUUUAAACCUUCCCGCUCGCCUGCUUACGCAUCGUAUCGCCUAUCUAUCUGCCGUUUCAUGCAUUUGACUUGCUAAUGGGAUCUCAGACAUAUCAUCGCGGUUCAGACAGAGAUCACGAAUAGAGACUAUAACCAGUGAUGCUCCGGCUUUCCCCGCGGACACGCGGACGUUGAGCAGAGACUCUCGUGUCAGAGACAAUGCUACCGAGCGCGACUGUGGACGAGACAAAAGAGCUAUGGUGGUCCAUAUACGCUUGGUGGUCGUGCGUGCUCGUGCUGAAGAUGAUGCUGCUAACCUGGCAGACAGGUCAGAUUCGAGUGAGAGAACAGGUAAUCCACAGCGAGGAAGACAGGAUGUGGAUGGUGAAAAAACCGGAGAUCAUUUUAUGCCCAACCGGUGAUGGCCAUCCAGACGUGAUUCGCAUCCGAAGGGCCCAUCAAAAGGAUCUCAAGACUGUCCUUCCUUUUUUGGUGGUCACGCCGCUCUGGUUGAACGUCGAGACGUGCAAUUCUACGGUGAAGAUCCUAAUACCGGGCUUCGGGCUAUGCAGUAUAUUAUACACUUUGCUGCAUAUGAAACUUCUACAAAUGUCCGUUUCUUGGAAGCACUUCUUCUCGAUGGCUUUGUAUUGCAUUCUAACAUAUAUAUGCACAAUCGCUGCAGUCAGAUACACUAUUACUAUCCCGAAGCUGAUUUAGCCGAGAAGAUUACGGAGAAGAAUUACCAUGACGUUAAUAUGCUGCAUUAUAAAGAAGAUUUUACAAACGAAUAAAUAAUACAAGAACUGCAUU